GCCAGCCAAACAAAGCCAAGGGGGAGUCGACACUGUGGAAGGAUGCUGUAUUAACAAGCCGGCUAUUUACAACUGAUUAAUACCCGUAAAUUGUGUUGAAAAUGAAAUUGUACUGUCUGUCCGGACAUCCUACAUUGCCUUGCAAUGUGCUUAAGUUCAAAUCCACCACUAUCAUGCUGGACUGUGGGCUGGACACCACCUCAGUCCUCAACUUUCUGCCCCUUCCCCUUGUUCACAGCCCAAGACUCUCUAAGCUGCCUGGCUGGGUCUCAAAGGAUGGAACAGUUAAUUUAGAAAAGGAGCUGAAAGAGUGUGCAGGACGGGUGUUUGUGGACUCACAGCCAGAGUUCUGUCUCCCUGAGAGAGAACUGCUGGAUUUAUCUACUAUUGAUGUUAUCCUGAUCUCUAACUACCACUGCAUGAUGGCCCUUCCUUACAUCACUGAGCACACAGGCUUUACUGGGACGGUGUAUGCAACAGAACCCACCCUGCAGAUUGGCAGACUGUUGAUGGAGGAAUUAGUGAACUUCAUGGAGAGAGUUCCCAAGGCCCAGUCUGCCACCUGCUGGAAAAAUAAGGAAAUACAACGGAUGCUUCCUGGACCACUGAAGGAUGCAGUAGAUGUGUGGACAUGGAAGAGAAGUUACAGCAUGCAGGAAGUCAACUCUGCCCUCAGCAAAGUGCAGCUUGUGGGUUAUUCACAGAAAGUGGAGUUGUUUGGAGCUGUACAGAUCUCUCCCUUAAGUUCUGGUUACUCAUUGGGCAGUUCCAACUGGAUCAUCCAGUCUCAUUAUGAGAAAGUUUCUUAUGUGUCUGGUUCAUCUCUCCUCACCACACAUCCACAGCCAAUGGACCAAAGCUCCCUGAAGAACAGCGACGUUUUGAUCCUUACAGGCCUCACACAGAUGCCUACAGCCAACCCAGAUGGCAUGCUGGGAGAAUUCUGCAGCAACCUCGCCAUGACGAUCCGAGCAGGAGGCAACGUGCUUGUUCCCUGCUACUCCUCAGGGGUGAUUUAUGACCUGCUGGAGUGUCUGUACCAAUUCAUCGAGAGCGCCAAUUUGGGUACCACGCCGUUCUACUUCAUUUCACCUGUCGCAAACAGCUCGCUGGAGUUCUCUCAGAUCUUUGCUGAGUGGCUUUGCCACAACAAGCAGUCAAAGGUUUAUCUUCCAGAGCCUCCUUUCCCUCAUGCAGAGUUAAUCCAAACCAACAAGCUGAAGCACUACCCCAGCAUUCAUGGAGACUUCAGCAGUGAUUUCAGACAGCCUUGUGUGGUUUUCACCGGCCAUCCCUCUCUGCGCUUUGGGGAUGUUGUUCAUUUCAUGGAGCUCUGGGGCAAAUCCAGCCUCAACACCAUCAUCUUUACAGAGCCGGACUUUUCUUACCUGGAUGCUUUGGCUCCAUAUCAGCCGCUGGCUAUGAAGUGUGUCUACUGUCCCAUCGAUACAAGGCUCAACUUCCACCAAGUAUCAAAGCUGCUCAAGGAAGUCCAGCCUCUCCAUGUGGUGUGUCCAGAGCAGUACACUCAGCCCCCGCUGACACAGUCCCACCGCUCAGAUCUGAUGCUCGAGCUGCAGCCUCCUCCUAUGCCCUACAGACGCUGCUCCGUGCUCAACCUGCCGUUCAGGCGACGCUACGAACGUGUCUACAUACUGCCUGAGCUGGCAAACUCACUAGUGCCCUCUGAGAUCAAACCUGGCAUCUCCUUGGCAACUGUGUCUGCAGUGCUGCACUCCAAAGACAACAAACACACGCUGCAGUCGGUGCCCAAACCCCCACCGGUGGCCCCCAGCAAGAAGAGGAAGAGGGUCAUUGAGGAGCCUCCAGUCAUGAUGACCCCAAAACCUCUGCUGAGCGGAGCUGUGCCCCUCGAGGCUUUCCUCACCACAUUGCAAAAGCAUGGUAUUACAGAGGUGAAAGUAGAGGAGACAGCAGACGGGCAUAUUCUCCACCUGCAGGCGGAGGACACGCUGAUUCAGUUGGAGGAGGACGGGACGCACAUUGUCUGUGACAACAAUGAGCCUCUUCGCACAACGCUGCGAGACCUGGUGCUCCGCUUCUUGCAGAAACUCUGACCUGAAUCCCUUUCAUGCCCCCUCAUUGUUAGACAUAAUGUUGUUUGCUGGACUGUCAGUAGUCUAAGAACAAUUUUGUAAAAUAGUAUUUUGUAAUAAAGGAAUUUUCAAACAAAAAUGA